AUGGAUACCCAAUUCAACAAUUGGGUCAUCACCCGAAUUCGAUAUUAUACCGUUGCGGAGGAAGAAGCGUGUGUGGCGGUGGCAGAUAAUGCAAGUGUGCCCCAGGCUUUUGUGAUGGGCUGUGGAAGCGGAGUAGGUCACCGGGUGUGCGGGGGUGGUGGCAGAAGAGGGUCGGAUGAUGGGUUGGGAUCCGGUUCACAAGAUCCGAAUAGUUGGAAAGGGAUUGAGAGUGCAUAUUCUUAUUAUCAAAAAAUGAUUGAAGCAAAUCCUAGCAAUACUCUCUUUUUAGCAAAUUAUGCCUAG